AUGCCGGAGAAGGUAUUCUUCAUUUGCAGAUUUGUGGGGAAUUAUACGGCGUUUCUUGGACCAGGCGGAUCAGUGGAGCGCUGUCUACCAAAAGAGUUGCCGUGCGAUCCGACUACGCCGUACCGCAGCGCGUCCGGAUGGUGCAAUAACCUGAAGAAUCCGGAAUUCGGGAGCGCUUUCACGCCGCUUUUGAGACUUUUAAAACCGGCGUAUGAUGACGGAUUCGAUUCACCGCGCGUGCGAUCAGCGAGUGGUCGCGAACUGCCGGCGGCCCGUGUCAUCUCGAACAAGAUUCACGCAGACAAACCAUUUGAACACGAUAGAUUCUCGCACAUGUUGAUGCAAUUCGGACAAUUCGUUGACCACGAAAUCACGCACACACCAACUGAACGAGGGCCGAAUGAUGAGAUAUUGAAUUGCACGGAAUGUGAUUCACGUGAGACCGUCUCAGUGCACUGCAUGCCUCAAGUAAUCCCUCCAGGUGAUCCGUAUUUCCCGAUAACACUCCCAGAUGGACGACCGCGUUGCCUUCAUUUCGCACGCUCGCUUCUCGGACAGUUGACUCUCGGCUAUAGGAAUCAGUUGAAUCAGGUCAGAUCAUUUUCGGAGGAACUUUCCUUCUUGUUUAUUCCCCUUCCCUCCCAUGGAGCUCUUCCCUCUGUCCAGUUUUAG